AUGUCCACCUCCAUCCCGUCCGGAACCUCCCGAUGGCCAGUCUCUCCCCUUCCUCCUCGCCAUACCUCCUGGCCCUACACUCCCUCGGACUUUCGGCGAUCGGACGAGUCACCAGACACCAACUUCUACGGUCCCGCGCGCUUUGUCACUCACAUCGAUGAUAAUGCCAUCGCGACACUGCGGAGCUACUACGGGGAGGUACUGCCAAAGCAGGGGAGGGUGCUGGAUCUCUGCUCCAGCUGGAUCAGCCAUUUCCCUCCUGAGCUAGAAGCGGCGGCCAAGACUAGAGGAGAGAGAGGCGGUCUCGAGGUGAUCGGUAUGGGGAUGAAUCAAGCCGAGCUCGCUGCCAACCCCAUCCUAUCCUCAUCACACCUCGUCGAUCUCAACGCGGACCCCACGCUCCCCUCCCCCGUCACAGAUCUAGACGCUACAGUCUGUGUCGUCUCCAUCGACUACCUCACACAACCCCUAACUGUUCUCCAGGGCAUCCUCGCGGCGUCCAAGCCGGGCGCAACGGUCCACCUCAUCCUCAGUAAUCGGUGCUUCCCCACAAAGGCGGUUGGGCGGUGGUUGCGUAUCAGCGAGGAGGAGAGGGUCAAGAUGGUGGGGGACUAUCUACAUUUUAGCGGGUGGAAAGAGAUCGAGGUGGUAACGCUGGUGGCGCCUGGAUCGGGAAGGACCUGGAUCGGGGGAGGGAGUGACCCGUUGUGGGUGGUCAGGGGUCGAAAGGGAGAAGCAUGA